GCCCCAUUUUUCCGCUUUCCAUCACCCCGCCCCAUUCUCCCGCUUUCCAUCACCCUGCCCCAAUCUCCGGCUUUCCAUCACCCCGCCCCAUUCUCCCUCCUUCCAUCACCCCGCCCCAUUCUCCCGCUUUCCAUCACCCCGCCCCAUUCUCCCGCUUUCCAUCACCCAGCCCCAUUCUCCCGCUUUCCAUCACCCCGCCCCAUUCUCCCGCUUUCCAUCACCCCGCCCCAUUCUCCCGCUUUCCAUCACCCCGCCCCAUUCUCCCUCCUUCCAUCACCCCGCCCCAUUCUCCUGCUUUCCAUCACCCCGCCCCAUUCUCCCUCCUUCCAUCACCCCGUCCCAUUCUCCCUCCUUCCAUCACCCCGCCCCAUUCUCCCGCUUUCCAUCACCCCGCCCCAUUCUCCCGCUUCCCAUAACCCCGCCCCAUUCUCCCUCAUUCCAUCACCCCGCUCCAUUCUCCCGCUUUCCAUCACCCCGCCCCAUUCUCCCGCUUCCCAUAACCCCACCCCAUUCUCCUGCUUUCCAUCACCCCGCCACAUUUUCCCACUUUCCAUCACCCCGCCCCCUUCUUCCUUCUUCCAUCACCCCGGCCCAUUCUCCCUCCUUCCUUCACCCCGCCCCAUUCUCCCGCUUUCCAUCACCCUGCCCCAUUCUCCCGCUUUCCAUCACACCGCUCCAUUCUCCCGCUUUUCAUCACCCCGCCCCAUUCUCCCGCUUUCCAACACCCCGGCCCAUUCUCUCGCUUUCCAUCACCCCGCCCUUUUCUUCCUCUUUCCACCACCCCGCCCCGUUCUCCCUCCUUCCUUCACCCCGCCUUAUUCUCCCGCUUUCCAUCACCCUGCCCCAUUCUCCCGCUUUCCAUCACCCCGCACCAUUCUCCCGCUUUCCAUCACCCCGCCCCAUUCUCCCGCUUUCCAUCACCCCGCCCCAUUCUCCCGCUUUCCAUCACCCCGCGCCAUUCUUCCGCUUUCCAUCACCCCGCCCCCUUCUCCCUCCUUCCAUCACCCCGCCCCAUUCUCCCUCCUUCCAUCACCCCGCCCCAUUCUCCUGCUUUCCAUCAGCCCGCCCCAUUCUCCCGCUUUCCAUCACCCCGGCCCUUUCUCCCGCUGUCCAUCUCCCUGCCCCAUUCUCCCGCUUUCCAUCACCCCGCCCCAUUCUCCCGCUUUCCAUCACCCCGCCCCAUUCUCCCGCUUCCCAUCAUCCCGCCCCAUUCCCCCGCUUUCCAUCACCCCUCCCCAUUCUCCCUCCUUCCAUCACCCCGCCCCAUUCUCCCUCUUUCCAUUACACGCCCCAUUCUCCCGCUUUCCAUCACCUCGCCCCAUCUCCCGCUUUCCAUCACCCCGCCCCAUUCUCCUGCUUUCCAUCACCCCGCCCCAUUCUCCCACUUUCCAUCACCCGCCCCAUUCUCCCGCUUUCCAUCACCCCGCCCCAUUCUCCCACUUUCCAUCACCCCGCCCCAUUUUCCCGCUUUCUAUCACCCUGCCCCAUUCUCACGCUUUCCAUCACCCUGCCCCAAUCUCCCGCAUUCCAUCACCCCGCCCCAUUCUCCCUCCUUCCAUCACCCCGCCCCAUUCUCCCGCUUUCCAUCACCCCGCCCCAUUCUCCCUCCUUCCAUCACCCGCCCCACCGCCCCAUUCUCCCGCUUUCCAUCACCCCGCCCCUCUCUCCCGCUUUCCAUCUCCCCGCCCCAUUCUCCCGCUUUCCAUCACACGGCCCCAUUCUCCCGCUUUCCAUCACCCCGCCCCAUUCUUCCGCUUCCCAUCAUCCCGCCCCAUUCCCCCGCUUUCCAUCACCCCUCCCCAUUCUCCCUCCUUCCAUCACCCCGCCCCAUUCUCCCACUUUCCAUCACCCGCCCCAUUCUCCCGCUUUCCAUCACCUCGCCCCACUCUCCCGCUUUCCAUCACCCCGCCCCAUUCUUCUGCUUUCCAUCACCCCGCCCCAUUCUCCCGCUUUCCAUCACCCUGCCCCAUUCUCCCGCUUUCCAUCACCCCGCCCCAUUCUCCCGCUUUCCAUCACCCGCCCCAUUCUCCCGCUUUCCAUCACCCCGCCCCAUUCUCCCACUUUCCAUCACCCCGCCCCAUUCUCCCGCUUUUCAUCACCCCGCCCCAUUCUCCCGCUUUCCAACACCCCAGCCCAUUCUCUCGCUUGCCAUCACCCCGCCCCCUUCUUCCUCCUUCCAUCACCCCGCCCCAUUCUCCCUCCUUCCUUCACCCCGCCCCAUUCUCCCGCUUUCCAUCACCCUGCCCCAUUCUCCCGCUUUCCAUCACCCCGCCCCAUUCUCCCGCUUUACCAUCACCCCGCCCCAUUCUCCCUCCUUCCAUCACCCCGCCCCAUUCUCCCGCUUUCCAUCACCCCGCCCCAUUCUCCCGCUUUCCAUCACCCCGCCCCCUUCUCCCUCCUUCCAUCACCCCGCCCCAUUCUCCCUCCUUCCAUCACCCCGCCCCAUUCUCCCGCUUUCCAUCACCCCGCCCCAUUCUCCCGCUUUCCAUCACCCCGCCCCUUUCUCCCGCUUUCCAUCUCCGUGCCCCAUUCUCCCGCUUUCCAUCACCCCGCCCCAUUCUCCCGCUUUCCAUCACCCCGCCCCAUUCUCCCGCUUCCCAUCAUCCCGCCCCAUUCUCCUGCUUUCUAUCACCCCGCCCCAUUCUCCCUCCUUCCAUCACCCCGCCCCAUUCUCCCGCUUUCCAUCACCCCGCCCCAUUCUCCCGCUUUCCACCACCCCGCCCCCUUCUCCCUCCUUCCAUCACCCCGCCCCAUUCUCCCUCCUUCCAUCACCCCGCCCCAUUCUCCCGCUUUCCAUCAGCCCGCCCCAUUCUCCCGCUUUCCAUCACCCCGCCCCAUUCUCCCGCUUUCCAUCACCCCGCCCCAUUCUCCCGCUUCCCAUCAUCCCGCCCCAUUCCCCUGCUUUCCAUCACCCCUCCCCAUUCUCCCCUCUUCCAUCACCCCGCCCCAUUCUCCCGCUUUCCAUCACCCCGCCCCAUUCUCUCACUUUCCAUCACCCCGCCCCAUUCUCCCGCUUUCCAUCACCCCGACCCAUUCUCCCGCUUUCCAUCACCCCGCCCCAUUCUCCCUCCUUCCAUCACCCCGCCCCAUUCUCCCGCUUUCCAUCACCUCGCCCCAUUCUCCCUCCUUCCAUCACCCCGCCCCAUUCUCCCUCAUUCCAUCACCCCGCUCCAUUCUCCCGCUUUCCAUCACCCUGCGCCAUUCUCCCGCUUCCCAUAACCCCACCCCAUUCUCCCGCUUUCCAUCACCCCGCCACAUUUUCCCACUUUCCAUCACCCCGCCCCCUUCUCUCUCCUUCCAUCACCCCGCCCCAUUCUCCCUCCUUCCAUCACCCCGCCCCAUUCUCCCGCUUUCCAUCAGCCCGCCCCAUUCUCCAGCUUUCCAUCACCCCGCCCCUUUCUCCCGCUUUCCAUCUCCCCGCCCCAUUCUUCCGCUUUCCAUCAGACUGCCCCAUUCUCCCGCUUUCCAUCACCCCGCCCCAUUCUUCCGCUUCCCAUCAUCCCGCCCCAUUCCCCCGCUUUCCAUCACCCCUCCCCAUUCUCCCUCCUUCCAUCACCCCGCCCCUUUCUCCCGCUUUCCAUCUCCCGCCCCAUUCUCCCGCUUUCCAUCACCCGCCCCAUUCUCCCGCUUUCCAUCACCUCGCCCCAUUCUCCCGCUUUCCAUCACCCCGCCCCAUUCUUCUGCUUUCCAUCACCCCGCCCCAUUCUCCCGCUUUCCAUCACCCUGCCCCAUUCACCCGCUUUCCAUCACCCGCCCCAUUCUCCCGCUUUCCAUCACACCGCCCCAUUCUCCCGCUUUCCAUCACCCCGCCCCAUUCUCCCGCUUUUCAUCACCCCGCCCCAUUCUCCCGCUUUCCAACACCCCGGCCCAUUCUCUCGCUUUCCAUCACCCCGCCCCCUUCUUCCUCUUUCCAUCACCCCGCCCCAUUCUCCCUCCUUCCUUCACCCCGCCCCAUUCUCCCGCUCUCCAUCACCCUGCCCCAUUCCUCCGCUUUCCAUCACCCCGCACCAUUCUCCCACUUUCCAUCACCCCGCCCCAUUCUCCCGCUUUCCAUCACCCUGCCCCAUUCUCCCGCUUUCCAUCACCCCGCGCCAUUCUUCCGCUUUCCAUCACCCCGCCCCCUUCUCCCUCCUUCCAUCACCCCGCCCCAUUCUCCCUCCUUCCAUCACCCCGCCCCAUUCUCCCGCUUUCCAUCAGCCCGCCCCAUUCUCCCGCUUUCCAUCACCCCGCCCCUUUCUCCCGCUUUCCAUCUCCCUGCCCCAUUCUCCCGCUUUCCAUCACCCCGCCCCAUUCUCCCGCUUUCCAUCACCCCGCCCCAUUCUCCCGCUUCCCAUCAUCCCGCCCCAUUUCCCCGCUUUCCAUCACCCCUCCCCAUUCUCCCUCCUUCCAUCACCCCGCCCCAUUCUCCCGCUUUCCAUUACACGCCCCAUUCUCCCGCUUUCCAUCACCCCGCCCCAUUCUCCUGCUUUCCAUAACCCAGCCCCAUUCACCUGCUUUCCAUCACCCGCCCCAUUCUCCCGCUUUCCAUCACCCCGCCCCAUUCUCCCACUUUCCAUCACCCCGCCCCAUUCUCCCGCUUUUCAUCACCCCGCCCCAUUCUCCCGCUUUCCAACACCCCGCCCCAUUCUCCCGCUUUCCAUCACCCCGCCGCAUUCUCCCGCUUUCCAUCACCCCGCCCAAUUCUCCCUCAUUCCAUCACCCCGCCUCAUUCUCCCUGCUUCCAUCACCCCGCCCCAUUCUCCCGCUUUCCAUCACCCCGCCCCAUUCUCCCGCUUUCCAUCUCCAGGACCACGCAAGCUCUAAGACCAGGUAA